AGUAGCAAAGCAUGCUUCACUGUGUAGCAGUAUCUUUACGAUAUCAUGAUUUUGAGGUCACUUAUUUCAUUCUAAACUGACACUUCUUGUCGUAGUUCUUGUAAAACACACUUUCUUAAAAGUAUUUUCAGUGCAUAAUACACUGGGUACAGGGAUCUGCCAAAUGCAAGUAACACAAAUAAAUGUCUACUUUUAUUUUAGCUGAGUAAACGUUUGCUUUGUUAAUUUAAUGUUUUCACUAGUUGCCAGAUAUUUAUGGAGUGAAUUUUGUGCCAAAGGUUUUACACAAAAAAAUAAAAUUCGCAAUCAAAAGGAGAAAUUGUAAGUUGCAAAUUCAAAAGAGAAAAAAUAAAUAGCAAUUUUUUUUUAUACUUGUUAUCCUUUGCAGUUAUUUGAAAACUAUUUCAGUUUGGAUUUUGCCAGUCUUUUUUCCUUUAAUUUUGUGUUUGUGAAUUUUCUGUGGAUUUUUUUGGGAUAUUUAUGUUCUGUUCAGUUUUCUCUGGUGGGAGGGGCUUAGAAAAAGGCGUUUCCCUUGAAUCUCCGUUGGUCAGCUGGUUUUGGACUGACUGCUGGUACCCUGAACCCUCCACUGAGACUGACCACGCCCACCCCGACAGCUUCAAACGUUCUUCCAAACAAGAGGAGCAAACAGAAGCUAGCUCCGGUCCGGUUUCCACAGCCUCGCCCACUGCUGAAUCUGCGGCUCCAGUCCGGGUCUUGGCGGCAGCCGCACUCUCAGCUCCCGCUGAAGAGGCUUCUUCGCCAGCGGUGCCAGCCGCUUCCAAGCCCGCGGUGGCAGCGGCCUCCACGUCAGCGGUGCCUGCCGCGCUCACGCCAGCAGGACCCACCGCCUCUGUAUCAGUGCUGUCCGCGGCUCCGGCCGCUUCUGUAUCAGCGCUGCCCGCGGCUCCGGCCGCCUCUGUAUCAGCGCUGCCCGCGGCUCUGUGCCCGCGGCUCCGGCUGCCUCUGACUCUGUGCCCGCGGCUCCGGCCGCCUCUGACUCUGUGCCCGCUGCCACCCCAGUUCAUGUGCCUGGGCCACCCGCCUCUGCUCCUGUGCCUACUCCCAGGUCACGAGCUCCUAGACCCGCCGCGCCUGCUCAAGCUGCACCCGCCGCGCCUGCUCAAGCUGCACCCGCCGCGCCUGCUCAAGCUGCACCCGCCGCGCCUGCUCAAGCUGCACCCGCAGCACCUGCUCAAGCUGCACCCGCUGCCCCAGCUCAAGCACCAGCAGCACCCGCUGCCCCAGCUCCAGCACCAGCAGCUCCUACUGCCCCAGCUCCAGCACCAGCAGCUCCCGCUGCUACAGCCUCAGCUCCAGCACCAGCAGCUCCCGCUGCUACAGCCUCAGCUCCAGCACCAGCAGUGCCUGCCACCCACGUGGUACCCACUGCCUUUGACCCUGUGCUCACGGCUCCGGCCGUCUCUGAUCCUGUGCCCACUCCUAGAACUUUGUACACCCCGAAGCCAACUCCCAGAACAAUGUUUGGUCCCAAGCCCCGUGUUUCCAGGCCUGCCCCGAGGCCUCCUGACUUUGCCCCAGUACUGUGCCCAGGCUGUCCUCACAGACUUUUGUUAGUCCUGGGCACCCUCCUGUGUUUCUGGUCCCUGUGUCUCUCCCUGUUUCGGUCCCUGUCUCAGUUUGUGUCCCUGUACCCAUCUCAGUCUCUGUUUCUGUUCCUGUCCCCGUCACUGUGUUUGUGUCCGUCCCUGUAAAUGUAUUUGUUCCAGUUCCCCUGUCCAGUUUUGUCCAGCCCCCUGUCCAGUCUCAGCCCCGUGUCCAGCCUCCUGUCCAGCCCUGUGUCCUGUCCCCUGUCCAGUCCCAGUCUCCGUUCCCUGUCCAGUCUCCGUUUCCUGUUCGGUCCCCUGUCCAGUCCCAGUCUCUGUUCCCUGUCCAGUCUCCGUCUCCUGUUCGGUCCCCUGUCCAGUCCCAGUCUCCGUUCCCUGUCCAGUCUCCGUCUCCUGUUCGGUCCCCUGUCCAGUCCCAGUCUCCGUCCCCUGUCCAGUCUCUGUCUCCUGUCCAGUCUACAUUCCAGUCUCUGUCCCAUGUCAAGUUCCCUGCCCGGUCUCCGUCUCCUGUCCAGUUUCCAUUCCCUGUCCAGUCCUCUGUCCAGUCUCCGUUCGUGUCCCCUGUCCAGUCCCUGUUCCCUCUCUCUCGGCACCUCUGGUAGUGGCGCCGUUGAGGGGGGGUUAUGUUACACCUUAGCCCAUGUCUGUCUUCUGUUUCUCCCUUAUUUUGUCUCUUGUGAUCCUGCCCCUCUGUUUACCUGUCAUGUUUCCCAGCCAUGUGCUAUUGUUGUGUUUUGUACCUGUCUCCACCCUAGCUCCGCCCCAGUUAGUGUUCUCACCUGUGUCCUGUCUGUUACCCCGCCCCCUCGUCAUCCAAGCCCAGGUGUUUCUCACUCUCCUCUUGUAUUUAAGCCCCUCUGUUAGAAUGUUCAGUGUCGAGUCUUUUGUAUCUUUUGUAUCUUUGUAUCUUUUGUAUCUUUGUAUCUUUUGUAUCCUUAGUCCGUAUGUAUCCGUGCUGCCAUAUGUAUCCUAGUCUUAGUUUCUUAGUCUGAGUUUCUUAGUUGGAUUUGUCCUAGCCUUGUUCUUUGUAAGUUUUUUGCGUUACCCGUGUUUUGUUUACUGUUUUAUUUUAUCUUGUUUGUUUAAUAAAUAAUAUAUUGCACUUA